UGAUAUUCAUUGUGCAUGUUGCAUCGAUUUGCUUACUGGUUUUUGAGCCAUAAAGGUUUAUGGCUUCAAGCUUCAUCUCAUACCACCAAGGGCUAGAAACUUGCUUUGUUUUUUUAAAGCACUGAGGAAAGACAUGCAGGUAGCUGACUCCAGGAGAUGGGACUUGAAAAGAAACCGUCCUGCAACCGCCUGGUGAGCCACGAGUGUUUGCAGACCAUGAUGUCACCUUUCUUGACAGUCACUCUGUACAAGUGAGAUUCCUUCCCCACAGCCCUCACAUCGCAGCCUUUACUGCACCAAGCUUCAGUUCUCCCCUUUACAAAUUUAGGGGCUAGGGGAACAUUCAUACCACUUGUGUUUGCAUGACAGUUGAGCAGCAUUUUUGUUGUUUAUACAUCAGGGACACGUCCUCUGCACGGGGCAGCGCCCAUGUCCCGUGCAUGGCAGGGGGAGCGCCUUGGAGCAGCCGUCACAGCAUGGCUGCACCCAUGGGUGCUUCUGCCCAUUCUUCCCCCUUUGACCACCUAUCCCGCAGCCUUCCAAGUCAGACCUUCUCAAAAAAUGUUCUUUGCCCAGCACUGAGCUCCCAGUGCCCCUGCAAAAAGAUAUUCCCUUAUGCUUGUGGGAAAUCUGCAGGAUUGGAUCCCUCGGUGGGACGUGAGUCUGAAAUCUCUGUCCUGCACAUGGUGGAUACGUGCUGGAUGGUAGCACAUUUUUAAAUAAUUUGCUGCACUCUAAUCUCCAGCCUGCAGGAGCCGAGUAAAUUGAUCCUAUACUUUCUGAGCAGCUUAGUCUUUUAUUGUUCGGCCAGCGUAGCUUACAGAACCGCAAGCUCCAUUUUUACUGCGGACAAUUGCAAGCUGAAAGUGGGAAUCACUGUUGGUAGAAAGUGCAGGUUUUAUGGGUUUCCCCUUUGCCAUUUCAAUCUAGAUGAUAUCAUAAAACGCCACAGGAAAGAGCAAACAGAUGCCAGCGCUGCAGGGGAUGGGCGAAGGCAGCAGGUCAAGAACAGGAAUUCGGCAUAUGGGUAUGGACGGCCCCGUUUCCGCGCCUGGAUGCAGAGGAAUUUGCAAGGACCUAACCGUUUUAGAAGAGGGUUUGGACAACAACAAUAUAAUCGAAGGCAGUUCAGGAAUACUGUGCCCGGUCCCAGGAGAAGACCAGCUGCUGCAUUAAAUGGAGUGAGCCCUUUAAAUCGCCAGGCAUCAGCUCAAGAGGGCAACAAGAACAACGAUGCUUUCGCCAAAAGCAGCAGCAGCGGGCAGCCAGAGGGACGGCGACGGCCACCCCCAGGGCCCAAGAGAUUUAGAGCAGCUGCUGCCAGCACCAACGCCCCAGGGAGAAGCAGGCCUUUCGUGCUAAACAGGGGACCAGCCUUCCAGCAGAAGCGGAUGCAGCAGCGAUUCUCCAAAGCCAACUUUCAGAGAGGGAUGGAUGCUAAUGGAGAAGGGAAACCACCAAGGAUGAGAAGGUGGCAAGUGAAACCCAGCCCCGGAGCAGUUCUGACGGUUUCUGUGGCUAAUCCCCAGGCGGGCCAGACCGGCGCGCCCGGAUCCAAGCGCCCAUUCCUGCGAAGCCAGAGGCCCCCGCCGCGGGUGGCCAAGCCCCAGCCCAAGGGAGUGCUGCUGAGAUUCAACUUCCGUGCGAUGGCCAACCAGACCAGCCUGACGCUGGAUGAGAGAUUCUCUGGUCUGAGGAAUAAGAGGCGCUUUACAGCAGCCAGGAGCGCCGGCCGGACAGUCACCAUGCCUUAGCACUGCAUGCUCGUCACAGGGACUGCCCAUAACAGUCCAGGCCCUGUAACGGGCAGCUCAAUAAAACUCGAUAGAUUUCCUCUGAGAUAGCUAAUUUGGCAAUGUGCCGUCUCCUUCCUUACACACAGAAUGAAUGAGCGAUUGAGGGCAGGGAUGAGGGAGGAUGAGAGUUGGGGCCAGAGCACAGGGCAGGUGGGACAUGAGCAGGGUGGUGGAGGGGGAUGAGCGAAGAUGGAUUUGCUGGGAGUGCUCUGCAGGGGAGCUGUGGGGCUGGCACCAGCCCUGUCCCCCUGCCAGGGCACCCCGUGCUGCCUGGGGUGACUCCUGCAAGAGGGAGGGGGGAACAUCUCCAAGCCAUACCCAACAAGCCUUCCCUGUGUUGUCCCAUGGGUGGGAAAGGGUUGAGGACACUGUGCCUGCCUGCGUGGGAGACAGAGCGGGAAGUGGAGCAUGUGCGGGGCUGAGGGACGUGCCCCAGCAGUGGCACCAGUGGGGAUGCUCCAACUGCCCAUGUUCCCUAGCAUCCAUCUGAUUGCCCCAUUUGUUGUGUGUGCAGGCAUCCCUGCCCGGAGGUUUGCAGUGUAAGAAAGACCUCUCCAUCCUGAAAAUGUCUCGCUCUGCCCCAAUAGUCAGGCCUGAGCACCUUGCAUUUCUCUUUGGUUUGCUGUGCUGUUCUGACUGCUGCUGCUGGCCCAGUUGCGGGGAUGGGGUGAGACGUGCCGUGCCAUGCCUCUGGAGUGACUGUCCUCGUUGCGGAGCACAGACAGGCUGCCCCAACCCAAAUCAGGUUUUCCAGUGCUGCAUUAGGGAUUUCAUAGGUGCAGCUCCACCCAUGCUCAAAG